GUGUGUGUGUGUGUGUGUUUGUGCAGAAUUACAGCAAAGGAAAACCUGCAGGAUAAGCGAGUGGCCAUUGCUGGAUUGUAUUAUCAAGAGAAUACAGCGGGAAAGGAGAAGGGGAAGAGACCACCACGCAGCACAGACCCAGCGGCCGCACAGCCAGCGCUCCGCGAUGUUUAACCAGCAGCAGCAGCUCCAGCAGCACCUGCGGCAGCUCCAGCAUCUCCUCCAGCAGCAGCAGCCUCUGCCCCCGCCUCCUGCGCCUACACCGCCGCAUCAUCACCAAGCAGGCCGGAUAGCCCCUCCUCCCCAGGCCCCGCCCCCUCGCAUGGUGAACCUCUGCUCCGCCCCCCAGGCCACCAUCAUUGCUGCCAACCCCAUGCUUCAGGGGGCGCUACUGAUGCAGCACAUGCAAGGUAACCUGAGGGGGUUUGCGGUGGGCGGGCAGCAGUUCCCACAGUUUUUCCCGGCCGGAUCGAGGGCCUCUCUCCUUGGCCCUGCCCCUAUGGGCGUGGCCAUCAAAACACCCCACAUGGGGUUCCCCCCGCGUCACUUUCACCCGCAUCCCCGCUACGUAAACAAGGAUUUCACCGCGCGACCACCGGAGAGGAAGCGUGAGAGUGAUGUCAGAGCAGUGGGGGACAGCGAUGGCCAAUCAGGAGCCAAAAGCACAGAGGGGGAGAGCAGCGACAGGGCCGUAAGCACAGAGGGCACUGUGGUGCUAGAUGAACACACACCACCUUUGGCUGAGCUGCAGGAAGAGCCUGCCCUGAAGAAACAGAGGACUGAGGGGUCAGAGGGGGUCCUGCAGGAGCCCCCAGAGGCAGAUGGAGCCCUGAGCUCGGAUUAUAAAUGCUCUGCUGAGGAGAAGGAGCCAGGAGAUGGAGAGGCUCUGGAGGAGAGGGGCAGUGUGGCCGGGCCUGAGACCAUGGAGUUUAUGGAGGAGAGCAGAGCAGCGGAGGUUCUGGGCAUUGGGGCGUCUCUGAAGGUCACCAUCCAGCAAAGCAGUGAGAGUCGGGCAUUCAGCACAGGCGGAGUCACAGGGAGCCAGGGCGAGGCCAGGGAACCGGGCGGAGACGCGGCCAGCAGGUUCUUCUGCUACAUCUGCAGCAUCACCUGCCAGAACCAGCAGAGCUUCCAGAGCCAUAUGAACGGUGUGGUGCACCAGCAGCGCAUGAUGGAGAUCCAGCGCAGGAGCAACGCCUGCCUGGGAACCCUGCUGCCGCGCGUGAGAGAGUCCCUGCAGAGCCAGCGGGACGGAGAGAGGCGGCCCAGCCUGCAGAGAUGGUGCUCUACCUGUCAGACGCACUUCUCUGGGGACCUGAUCCAGCACCGCAGGACCAAGGAGCACAAGCUGUCCAAGCACUCCGCUCGGCCGUUCUGCACCGUCUGCAAGCGCCACUUCAGGACACCCCGAAAGUUUGUGGAGCACAUGAAGUCCCCAGAGCACAAGCAAAGGGUCGAAGAGCUGAGAGAGGAGGGAGGACCGGAGGUCCUGGAGGAGCUGAUCACUGUGGAUGCAGUGGGAUGUUUCGAGGGUGAGGAAGACUAUGAGGAAGAGCCCAAUGAGGAGGAGGAAGGAGAGGAGCGGGGCCGUGCACACAGCCAGGUGGGACUGCCCGCCCACAAGGAGGUCUCUCUGGAGGAUAUGGGCGAUGAUGAGGAGUAUGACUCAGACACACAGUAUGGGUCCAGUUUUGUGGUUCCGGUGGCUGGGUUCCUCUGCAGACUUUGCCACAAGUUCUUCCACUUUGAGUCCACUGCCCGGCUCUCCCACUGCAAGUCUCUCACACACUUCCAGAACCUUCAGAAGUACAGGGCUCUGAGGAACCAGCCAGACAUGGAGGAACCAGACACAUGUAGCAGUGUGGAGGACACUGAGCGAGGAGGAACUACGAGACAGGAGGAGGAGGAGAGGGAGAGGCCGGCCAAGUCCUCCCCCGGCUCCCAGGACAGGGCGGUGCAGUCACAUGACCCCAGCACAGGCCACGCCCCUCACUGCCACCCUCUGAACUCCAGCAGUGCUGCUGCUCCCUCACCCAGGCCAUGCCCCUCCUUACCGCCUCCGGGGUCUGGAGAGGGCAAGUCCAGGGGUGACCCCCCUGCCCCCACCCCCACAUCCCCCCAGCAGAGGGACCUGCCAGAGAGCCUGAGACAGGGCGAGGGCAGGGAGGAGGAGGGCGAGGAAGAGGGGCAGGAUGCUGAUGUGGAAGAAAAACCAGCAAUAGGAAGCAAACGGACAGCUUCCAGGAGGAGAGUGACGAGGAUGACACGGAGACGCUGA